AUGGGCACCAUCCCACUGGAGAAGGACCUGCGGGUCUCUCUACUGGACUAUGACCUGCUGCCACCCGACCAGGAGAUUGGCACCACCACCAUCGACCUGGAGAACCGCCUGCUCUCCCGCUUCCGUGCCCACUGCGGGUUGCCCACCCUCUACCGCACGUGGAUUCUGUGCCAUGGGUACGAUGAGCUUGGCCUUGCAGAGAGUGGCCCCCCCACCUACGGGCACCCCGGGGCGCCCCGCGAGCGCCUGGCCCUGCACGUGCUCCACGCGUGUCACCUCGUCCCCGAGCACCUCGAGACACGCACCCUCUACAACAGCACCCAGCCCGGGCUGCAGCAGGGCAAGGUGCAGAUGUGGGUCGACAUCUUCCCCACCAGCUUGGGACCUCCUGGCCCCCCCGUCAACAUCACCCCCCGCAAGCCCCAGAGGUACGAGCUGCGCUGCGUGGUCUGGAACACGCGGGACGUGGACCUGAGGGACGUCAACAUGUUGGGACGACGCAUGAGCGACAUCUACGUCAUGGGGUGGCUGGAUGGGCUGGAGGAGCAACGGCAGAAGACGGACAUCCAUUACCGCUCGCUGCACGGGGACGGGGCCUUCAACUGGCGGUUCGUCUUCUCCUUCCAGUACCUGGAGACCGAGCAGCUCUGCGUCCUGCCCCGCAAGGAACAUUUCUGGAGCCUGGAUGAGACGGUGCUGAAGGUGCCCCCCAAACUCAUCCUCCAAGUGUGGGACAAUGACAAGUUUUCGGCUGAUGAUUUUCUGGGGGUCUUGGAGCUGGAGCUCACCAAACUGCCACAGCCAGCCCGGAACCCCCAAAACUGCACCCCAAAAGCACAGGGGACCCCCCCAUGGCCUUGGCUGUGUUGGGGGGCACGAGACCCCCCCCGGUUGUCCCUUUUCCGACAGAGAAGGGUGAGGGGAUGGUGGCCCUGCACGGUGCAGGAGGGGGGCGAGCGGCGCCUCUCGGGCAAACUGGAGCUGAGCCUGGAGCUGCUGAAGGAGAAGGAGGCAGAAGAGCGGCCGGUGGGGAAGGGUCGGGAGGACCCCAAUAUGUACCCGACCCUCCCGGCACCCGUGAGACCAGAGUGGUCCUUCCUGUGGUUCCAAGCCCCCCUACGGACCCUGUCCCAUGGUCUUUGGAGACACUCCCGCCGCCGCCUCAGCCUGGGGCUGGCCCUGCUGCUGCUCCUCCUCCUCCUCUUCACCUUCAUCUACGCAGCCCCGGGGGGAAGGGACGGUGGCCGUGAGGAGGGGGUGAGAAAACUGCAGAGAAAUAAUUGA